AUGAUUUUAGACGCUUGUGUAACCAACGUGUUUGAAGGAUUCUUGACCAUGGGAUGUUUUGAUUCGGAGAGGCACUGGGAUAACAUCGCUUUAUGCUUCUCAGCUCCCCACAAUUCGGUGUCAGCGUGUUCUUACGAUCCUGAAACACGAGCUGGAUUCAACAGUUGGGGUAAGGGAAUGUGUUGCUGUCGAGAGGAAAACUGCAAUAAAUUGCCUCCCGAAUGGCUCGCCCUGCCAAUGUGGCGAUUCCGUUGCCGGGCUCUUUCGAUAUUCAUCACAGUCUUCACCGUGUGCUCCAUUGGAUUUUUCUUCUGGGGUAAAAUCGAAGGAGAGAGAACAUUGAAGAAGGAAAAGAAGGUUAGGCAAUCCACCUUGACUAUU